UGGGCCCGGGUAGUCCAUCUCCCCAUCCCUUCCCCUGACCCCGGCGUCGCGCGCGUCCGUGGCCUUGGAGCCGAGGGGCGGCGAUCGGGGUGAGGGGGGUGCAGGGGGCGCGGGGCUCGGUGGCGCUCUGAGCGGCCGCUUGGCCCGCGGCCCUCUGGCUCGGCGCCCGGCCUGCCGGUCCCGCCCCGGCUGGGAUGUAGGGAGCGCCGGCCUGCCUGCGCCCCUAUCCCCCCUCGCCCAGUCCUCUAGCGCGGCGGCUCGCGGUGCGCGCGUCUCCCUCCUGCCCUCCCGCUGCAGCCAUGGCCGCCUCCUCCGCGCGGCCCACCGUCCUGGCCCUGACCGCGCUGGCGCUGCUCCUGCUGCUGUGCCUGGGCCCAGGUGGCAUAAGUGGGAAUAAACUCAAGCUGCUACUUCAAAAGCGGGAAGCACCUGCUCCGGCUAAGACUAAAGUAGCAGUGGAUGAGAGCAAGGCCAAAGAAUUCUUGAACAGCCUGAGGCGCCAGAAGCGGCAGCUGUGGGACCGGACUCGGCCGGAGGUCCAGCAAUGGUACCAGCAGUUCCUCUACAUGGGUUUCGACGAAGCGAAAUUUGAAGAUGACAUCACUUACUGGCUAAACCGAGGUCGGAAUGGGCACGACUACUAUGAUUACUAUCAGCGUCACUAUGACGAGGACACAGCAAUUGGUCCCCAGAGUCCCCACAGCUUCAGGCAUGGAGCCAGCGUCAACUACGAUGACUACUGAUCAUCACUCCGCGCUCCGUGCACCAGCACCGGAAGUGACCCCUUCACUGCCUCGCACCAUGUGGCUUCUGCUGGGCUUGACUUCCGCAGAUCUUUUCUACCCCCUUUCUGUGACCAAAGCAAAGAUCAAUGCCUUUUGAUAUUUCAUGCAAGAACCUAACAAUGCAUUCCAUUAAAAAAUAGAAAUAAAAGCAUUUUGUUAAAAAACAAAA